GCUAAUGAUCGAGAGCAUUUUCUCAUGUAUCUGUUAGCCGCCUGAAUAUCUUCUUUAGUGAAGUGCGUGUUCAUAUCCUUUGCCCACUUCUUGAUUGGGUUGUUUGUCUUUUUGUGGUUGAGUUUUGACAGAAUCAUGUAGAUUUUAGAGAUCAGGCGCUGGUCUGAGAUGUCAUAGCUGAAAAUUCUUUCCCAGUCUGUAGGUGGUCUUUUUACUCUUUUGGUGAAGUCUUUAGAUGAGCGUAGGUGGUGGGGGUCCCUGGAUGGUGCAAACAGUUAAGCGCUGGUCUUAUGGAAAGGUUAGUGGUUUGAACCCACUCAGAGGUGCCUUGGAAGAAAGGCCUGGUGAUGUGCUUCUGAAAAGUCAUAGCCAUGAAAACCCUAUGGAACACAGUUCUACUCCGAAACACAUGGGAUCACCAUGAGUUGGAAUCAACUUGUUGGCAGCUGGUUUGAUUUGGUUAAAUAGUUCUCAAGUAAAAUGAGCAUCCAUUACUUAAAUAAAUCAGUAAAAAGUGAGAUACAUAGUGCUAUGAGAGAUAACAACAGGGGAAUUUUACCUAGUCAGGGAGCUUAGUGUUGAUAAUAGUUGAGAUUUGAAGGAUGAGUAAGAAUUAAAUCGGUCAGUGGAUAAGGGUGGAGAGACUGUACCAGAUACACUAUGUGGAUGGAGGAAGCAUGCUAGCAUUUUCAGUGUGGUGAUACAUGAUUGAUAUUAUCUGGUAUUCUUCAGUAGAUUUUUCUUGAUUACUGAUGAUGAUAGGAAGUAGUCAGUUUUUAGUUUUUAUUUGUGAAUCGGAUGUUGAUGCCUUCAAAAAAUUUUUUUAUUCCACAUGUUAUCAGAAAUUAUAUGGUAUGUUAAAAAAUUUUUUUAAUCCCGUCAGUAGUAUCUCACAUUUACUUUUGACUCUUUGAAAGCACACUGCUUAAUAUUCAUGAUUUGAUUUUUGACAUUUAGAUCAGUGAAUUAGUUUGAGUAAUUUCUGAAAUAACUUCUCUUUAAAUUAUGUUAUUAGGAAAUUAUUAGAUAAAUUUCUAAAUUCAUGCUCAUCUUAAGUAACAAAAUUCUUGAAAGAGGUUAUAUUUGAAACACUGGGAACAAUGUUUUAUCAAGAAACAGAUUUGUUUCUGUCUCGCAGUAUACCUCUAUUGAAUUCAGGGUGAAAGAACUUAUAGGAUUUCCAAAAUCAGUGUUAAUUUUGCCUUGGCCAUGGGGGAAAAAAGCUACUUUUUGGGUAGGCUUGUAAGUGCAUUUAUUAAGAUCAAAGACUUGAGAAAGUCAACUUACUAAGGAAAAAAACCAAAACAAAACUGUUCCUCAUCAGUCCACUAGGGGAUACUCCAGUACUUAGGAAGAAAAUCUAGUGAGUAAAAAUAUCUCUCAUAUAGUAAAAUUACUGCUUUCUGUUUGCUUAUAUAUAUUAAAAAAAUAUAUAUAUAUAUAUUUUAGGGCUGGUCUGCUGCUAAUUUGGCAAUAAUAUUUACCUUUAGGAAGAAUUUGCUGCACUUUUUAAGUGCAGAGAUUCACAGUGUGUUUCUUUGGCCAUUUUGUUGGUGUUGCCUCUCACUUCCUUGAGCACUUUGGAAAAACUGGUUAUUAUAUUUUUUCUUUCUUGAUACAGGAAAAUAAUGGUUCUCAUUCAUUUUAUCAGUUGUGUUCUUCCUUGGACGGUCAGAAAAGCUGAUAUUUGGUUUGAGUUUGUUGUAAUUUUCUCCAUUAUAUCAUGUAUGCUGUUCUAAACAUCUAUCUUGGAAGCCUGAAAUAGGACCUUCGAUACAUAAAAAGCAGAGGGUAAUUCAUGCUGCUGUCAAAGGUAUUCAACAGAGUUUAAUAUUAUAUUGGUUUCUUUCUAGUAAUGUAAGUAGAUAAAAUGCAACGUGACUUAAUACUUUAAAGAAAAAUACCUAAAAAGUUGAGUACCAUUUUUAAAAUAGCAAAGUCUCAAGAAAAGAAUUUAUGCCGUUGUAUUUAUUAGGAAAAGAGUAUCAGACUUAAUGUUUCAGGAAACACUUCCUAUUUUACCAAAAUUUUAUUCUUAAUUUAUUUACUUUCCCAAACGCAUUUUUAAAAAAUUUCUUCUGUGUGAUAUGAGUGUACAUUUUUUCUGCAUAGCAUGCGUUUUUUCUUUGCUUGGCAUGCAGAUACUGAAAGGUUAAGUGAAUUGUCAGAUUUAACUCAUCAAUUCACCUAAUUUCUGCUAUUUAUAGGUAAAGCAAAUAGGCAAAACAGUGUGUCAUUAUAACAACACGAUUUGGAAAAUGGAAAGUCAGGCAGUGUGGUACAGGGAUAAGACAAAAAACAAGUGUAUUUGUUCAGUGAAGAUAAAUAAUUCAGGAAUUACUGAAUUUGUUUUAAUUACAGUGGGCGAUAAUUUUAUAGGAUAUUAUAGACGUAACAGUUUUGGGUGGAAGGGUUGCUUUUGACAUUUCGAUACUGAAUUUUUUGAGGUUUAUCUCCAUCUCACUAAUGAAACUGGCCAAGAGCUAGAGAGUGGUUGGGAUAACUAUACCUUUCAGUUGUGCAUCUGGACAGGGAAGACUAAGUAGCAUGGCCAAAAUGCCAGCUGUACGUGUCUGUGGUAGAAUGAGAACCAGGGUAUUCGUAUGGGCCAUUUUUCAUAACUAGUUCUGUAACUACGAGAUGUAGUUAAGUUCUUCCCAGUUAUAUACAAUGACUAAUAAAUAAGUGAAAUUUAACUGGUUCGUAUUUUGUUAUGUUUUAGCUAUAGGGGAAAGGUAAAAUGUCGCAGAGUUAACACUGUUAUUCUUUUAUAAUUUGUUUGCAAUAAAAUAUAUUUUUCGUAAAGAAAGAAAACAUAACAAAAUACAGAUCAUUUAUAGUACUUUUGUUUGGGCCCAAACUGUUAAUUUUUAUAUGGCAGUUCCCAGUUGAUUGUCAGAUUUCCUCCCUAAGUUCCACUGAGGAAGUAAUUGUUUUAUAUUUCAAACAACACUAAAUCAACUUUCUUAGUAAUUUUGGGGGAAAACUUUAUGAUGAUUUUAAUAGAGAUUAUUUAAAUGAUGGGGGAAUGUGUGUAUAUAGUUAAAGUGAUUUCAUACAGAAGGAUUAAGCUUGUUUUCUUAGUUAUCUAGUGCUGUUGUAACAAAAAUACCCCCAACUAGGUGGUUUAAACAAACAGGAAUUUAUUUUCUCACAAUUUAGGAGGCUAGAAGUCUGAAUUCAGGGUGCCAGCUCUAGGGCAAAAUCUUUGUCUCAGCUUCUCUCAUGUUCUUCUUGGUGUUUCUUGGUUCUCACACAGCACCUAUCUUUCCCCCAUUCUUGCUUGCAUGCUUUUGUGCACGAUCUUUGCUUUUAUAUCUCAAAAGUAAUUGGGUCAAAACACACCACAAUGAUGUGUCCUCAUUAACAUAACAAAUAAAACCCUAUCCCCAAAUAGGAUUACAUCCACAGGUAUAAAAACCAGCUGCCACCAAGUCGAUUCUGAUUCAUAGCAACCCUAUAGGAUAGAGUAGAACUGCCCCCAUUGGGUUUCCAAGGAUUUGAACUGCAGACUUUUUUUGGUUAACAGCCGAGAUCUUAACCACUGCAUCACCAGGGUUCCAAAAUGUAUAUUUGAUGCCUGAACAGAGACAGGGGUUAGGAUUAACAACAUGUAUUUUUGGGGGACACAAUUCAACCCAUAACAGUUGUCGUAUUGUCAUAUAACAUCUAAUGAUAUAGAAGAGUUGGAAAAGAUCUAAGUAUACAGCAUUAUCUAUAUUUGAAAAUUAAAAAGUGAAACAGUCUAAUAGCUGGCAGAAAUCAGUGCUUAUUCUUUCUAAUUCUGGUUUUAUGAUUCUCUUCCUUUGUGAUACAAUACACAUAUAAAGUCUUGGGAAGGCCCUUAGAUCUAGUAUUGGUAGGUCUAGCAUAGGAUUUCAUCACUAUCAUUCUGGGUUUUCCUCUUCUGAAAGUGACCUUUUUCAUGUGGCCUUCAUGUCAGUUGAGAGGAGUACUCUUUUUCAAGAGAACUGGGAGUGACUUCCUGCCUUAGUGGGGGACUAACAAAAAACAACAAACACAAAUGGGGGACUAGCUGUGAUUAAACGGGGUCGCCAUGAGUUGAAAUCAACUCUACGGCAGCUGGUUAGUUGUGAUUAGAAUGGAGAGUGGUUAGUUGCUUUUACUUUUCGUUUCUCAGCCCUUUCCCACCCAACCCCAUUCCCAGGGCUAGGUCUUAAAAAAAAAAAAAAAAAAGGUCUUAAGUUCUGCAUAUACUGGAGCAUGUCCUGGAACAUUCUUUGUUAUUGUUAUUUUUGGUGACAUGGUUUCUGAUAGCAAUGUCCUUGACACACAACCCCAUAAUUAGUUAGUAAAGACAUUAUUGUACUUGCUGUUGGAUGACUUUUUCUCUAUGGGAAUGAACUCAUGGAUGUAACACUAACAGCUUCUUAGUGGCAAGGUGAUCGCUAGUUGAGAUCUAAUAUGAUAAAAUAGUAAAGGAACAUUUAAGGAGGGAAUAUUUAGCUUCUUGAGCUCUGAGAAAUUUCCAAAGAAUCACAUUAAAACUCCCAGGACAAAGUGGAAAACUUAUAUUUUUGCCAUUAGUUUUCCACAUUUUGAGAAUGUAGAAUUGAACUGGAAAGUUAAUGUGAUUCACACAUUGUUGUUACUAUAAACAUUUAAAUUUUGUUCAGUUUUGAGAGUUAAUACAUCUAGUUCAAAUUUUAAGAGUUAUACAUUUAAUCUACCUAUCCCUCUCUCUUCAGCCACCCAGUUCUCUCCUGUAAAAACGGCAUGGGUUGGGGACAGAGUCUGACCUUCUCUCUCUUUACAAGGCGAAAGGAGAAUCAAGAUCAACAGCCCAAGGCUGAUUCCUAUGAGGCACAGGUCAGACAUGCCUCCUCUGUCCACCAACUUUACCAAUUCUGACACCAUCUGUCCCUUCCAUGGCACUCUCUACUUCUCUGCUGGGUUCAAUAAUUCAUUGCAGUGGCCAUACAGAACUCACAGACAAUACUCAUGAUUAUAGGGUUUAUUAGGUAAGUAACAGGUUACAAUUCAGGUCCAGGAACGCUCAGGAUAGAAUGCUCAGGACAACCUCUUCCCAGCCAUGCUGGCAGGCACGCCUGUCUGGUCCCUCGGCCUCUGCCCUGCUCGGGCAAGAAUUACAAAGCUCUUUUAGCUCUGCCAAUAAGUCCCAGAUGCACUCUGCCAGCAAGCCUCCCGCCCAAAGGCACUCAGCUUUCUCACUCCAUAGACCAGGAAGCCCACCACGCCAUCUCCUGCUGUCUUUUCUCUGCCACGGCUUCUUUCUUUCUCUGUCUGCUGCUUUCAGGAGUUUUUCAGCACAUGGAUCCCGGGUCCAAAGGACAUGCCCUCAGCUCCUGGCUAUUCUUCCUUGAUGGUGGUAGGAUCCUAUCUCUGCUCUGGAAUUGGCUCUGUUUUAAGGCAAAAUUGACCAGUCGCCUUGGUGGGUCACAAUUACCCUAUUUGCAAUGCCCCGCCCAGUCACCUGGAUGGGAAUUAAAAGACCAUGGUGAGAAAGUCCACACAAAAACUGUCCAUUGUACUGCAUCUUCCCUAGAGGCAAUCAAUAUUCCCAAUUUAAAUAUACUUUAAACAUUUAUUAUUUAAAGCACCUCUUUGGCAUGCAUGAAUAAUUAAAGUUGACAACAUGGUUUUUAGAAUCAGACGCUUUAAAUUUUCAUUUAUUCAACAUUUAUUAUUGAGCACCUAUUAGGUACUUUCUUGGUGCUGGGAAUAAAGUUGUGAAGAAAUUAAAGUCCCUGCCUUCAUGGAGAUUACAUUGUAGUGGGCGGAGAUACACUAAAUAUUUACUUACUAUAUCAUGUGGUGAUGAAUUCUAGGAAGAAAAAUAAAGCUGGGUAAAGGAAUAGAGUGAUGGGGAGGUGCUGUUUCGGAUAGGAUAGUCAGAGAAAGCCUUUGGUUGAGUGAUGCUUGAGGAGAGAGUUGAGUGAUCUGGAGUGAGACUUGCGGGUUUUGGGAGAAAAGCAUUCCAGGGAGAGGAACAUAAGGGCAUAUGGUAUGAUAGAGCACUUUUGCAUGGCCUUUCUUGCCAUGGUCUUAUAACUCCCACCCAAGUGGGAUGGUGCAAAUAAGGUAUAUGGAACCCUAACAAGGGGAUUGGUCAGUUUUGCCAUCCUGCUAGGCUUAAAAGAGAGCCAAUUCCAUAGCAGGGAGAAGAUCCCCCCACCACCAAGGAAGGAGAGCCAAGACCAGAGCAUGUCCUUUGCGUCCAGGAUCCCCUCACUGAGAAGCUCCUGGAACCAGGAGACUGAGAAAGAGAGAGCUGUAACAUUGAAGACAGUGAGAAGUGGUAGCAAAGAAACGGCAGCAGUAGAGACUAUGCAGGGGACUUGGCUAGUCCACUGAAAGCUGAGUAGGGUGCCUCUGGGCACUUAUUGGCAGGGGCUAAAAGAGCUUUGUAACAUUUGCCUGAGCAGGGCAGAGGCUGAGGGGCUAGAGAGAGGCGUGCCUGCGAGCAUGGCUGGAAAGAGGCUGUCCUGAUGAAAGAACUGUAUCCUGAGCGUUCCUGAACCUUAAUUGUAACCUCUUGCUUCUCUAAUUAACCACAUAAUUGUGAAUAUUGUCUUAGAGUUCUGUGUGGCCAUUGCAAUGACUUAUCGAACCCAGCAGAGAAGCAGGAGUGCCGUGGGAGGGACGGGUGGUGUCAGAAUUGAUACAGAUAGGAGAGAGGAGGUAUGUCUGACCUCUGCCUCAUGGAAAUCAGCUUUGGGCUGUUGAUCUUGAUUCUCCUUUCCCGUGGUGAAGUUAGAGAACAGAUGCCUCCACCACACCAUUUUUACAGGGCAAAAUUCUGGAGAUGAGAAUAUAUUUAAAGCUGAGGUAUGUAUCCUUCUGGAAUGGUGGAGAAGACUAGACUGGCUGGAGAAGGAUGACCAAGGAGAAGAAUGGUAGGAGAUGAUACAUAGAAGGGAAAAGAGGAGUGUGUGGGGGUGAAAGGGAGUAGCUGAGGAGCCAGUUAACAUAGGAUUUUAUUCUGAGUCGGGGGUAGGUUUAAAAACCUCACUCUGGCUGCUCUGUGGAGGCAAGAGUGAAAGCAGAGAGACUAGUUAGCCACAGUACAGUAAAACCUGUGAAAGCCGGAACCUGUGUAAGGCAGAAGCUUGUCAGAGAAGGAAAACUCAAAUAUUUUCCACUAAAAGGAGAGAUAGAAAAGGGGUAAGACUGCACACUGUCAAAGGCGGAAAACGUGUGAGAUCCUGAAAAACAAGGCAGUUGAGUUCUGGCUCUCACAGGUUUCACUGUAUAUCAAGACUGUACUAGACACAGUGAGCUUUAUCAAAUUUAGUUAUUCCCCACCCUGCUCCAGCCCCCAGAUUUGACUUACUCUUGAAGAACAAGGGUAGGAAAUAAAAGUGAAUUCAUAAUGAAUAUAUUUUUAAAUGUUAACUUUAGGCAUUGUAGUUAAACUCUAAUGAUUUAAAUUUGUUUGUGUCCCUGAGUAUCACUUGCAUGUUGAAGAAAGAUGGUAAGAUUCUGAAAAGGAACUCUAAUAUAAGUUAUAUUAUAACAUGCAAUUAAUUUUUUUCUCAGGCCUUCUAAAAAAUGCUCUGUUGCAAAGUUUUGAGAAAUUAAAUAUUGGGUGCUACUUUUUCCUCUCCAAUUUGACUAGAUGACAUUUAGAAUUUGAAACUGCUUUGGUUUCUUCAGCAUGUAUCAAAAUGCUAAAGUAUUUUAAAAGGCAAAAUCCAUAGACUUUAAGCAAACAGGGUGGUAGUGAUGAAAAUAAAUGGAAUAUAAAAAUGCCAACAUGUAAAAUUUAAACUUUCAGAAUGGUGGAAUAAUGUGCCUGAAUUUGUGAGCAAACCUGCUAUAUUUGAUAUGGUGGAAAGGAGGUGCAACAUAGGAAAUAACCUGAAAUUUGAGAAUUUCAGAACUCUUAAUAUCUAACUGGGCGAAUAGAGGCAUUUUGAAUAAAAAAUGAAAUCAUGGAUAAGGGAGAUAUGAACACUAAACAUGGUAAAGAUGUAGGAAAUAGAAAAGCAAAAUGGACCUGGUAAAGCACACUAAAAUAUAAAUAGUGUUGGAAGGGGAAGAGAAAUAGAAAAUGAAAGUUAAAGGGAAAGCUCAGCAUAUUGAGAGUUUAAGAAAAUUUUUAAGUAAGAAUUGCCAGAUUCAGAGUUUAGGGAGCACUUUGAAAUGGCUAACAAAGCCAUAUACACACUCAAAAAGAAUACUGACAUGAAUUCUAAAACUAAUAAAUUACAUACUAACAUAGCCAAGAAGGGGAUGGAUAAUUUACUCUUUUUAUAAAUUCAAUGUUGUUGUCUAGAUUUCCUAAAAUAUGAUUUAAAAAGAAGUUAUUAAAAGUUUCAAGUUGAUGAUUUAAAAGGCAAUUAAAAAUUUUUUUAAAUUCUUUACAGGAGGAACUUUAUGCAGAGAGAGCAGAUUUUCAUGUGUGUUCUUAUUAAUACAAGCUUAUUAUACCUUUUGUUUUUUUGUAAAGAAAGACCAGUUUGACUUUGUACGAUGUAUGGCUUGUGGAAUAUUUUAGGACAUUCAUUCCUAUUUUUUUGAGGUACAAAUAAUUGGAAGUAGAUCAUCAUUGUUUUGCUGGUAAGAACCUUUAGGACACCCAGUUUAACAAGUAGCUAAGCAUGUUUUAGUAGCAUUUUAAUUUGCAUACUAGUUUAAAUAAAUUGAAUGGAGAAAUAUCUUUAAAGCUAGUUUUUUUUUUUAUUUUAAAUAACUUUUAUCACUAAAGUCUUAUAGACACUAUAAUUUAGCAAGCCAGUUUCUUACAGAUUUGUAGAAACAGACUUUAUUAAUUUCCAACAAGAGAAUAAUCAUCGUUUCCCAAACUCUGAAGUAAUGAGGUUGUUAAUAUUAUCAAUAAAUGUUGAAAUCUAAAGCAGCCUAUUGGCGUAUAAAUUAAUAUAUAUAAUGAUUCCAGCCAAAGUGAAGAAAAAAAAAUAAAGCUGCUUAUAACUAAAGUGUGUUCUUUGUGAAGAAGUUGCUUUUUCAAGCAAAGUUUGAUGCUAAUCAGAGGCAGACAUACCCAGCUGUAUUGACAGCACCCAACAACAAAUAUAUUUUUGUAAUAUUGUAACACUUAAGAAAGAUGAUUGUGACAUAUAUAUCCUGUUGAUCUUUUCUGUUUGUAAAUUUUCUUCUCAAUUCUCAAUAGAGUAUAAAUAUUUUUUUGUUGAAUCUAGCUAAGUUUCAGUUUCCUCGUUUGUAACAUGAGUAUAAUACUAGUGCUUACCUCUCAGGACUUUAAGAUUCUAUGUAAAGUGCUUGGCACAUAAGGAAUAUUGAGUAAGAACGUAGACUUUCUGAAUUCAAAUUCUAGCUCAAAUGCCACUUACUAGCUUUAUAACCUUGUAAAAAUUAUUUCACCCUUCUUACCUUCUUUGUUCUGUCCUCUUGUGUCUUCCUUUUUUAUAAAAUAUAGCCUGUGUUUGAAUCUGAGUCAUUUUCUCAGCCUGUUUCAUGCUCAUAGAAAUGUGGGGAUCAAAAGAGUUCUUUCCAUUUGGUACUGUCUCUGUUCUUUUUAACCUGGCAAUGUUUCUGCUAGUAGAGUUUUUGUGAGGGGAGAAGUUACAGCGUGUUCAUUUGGUGAUACAAGUGAACCAGUACAGAGAAAGAGAAAUUGAUGAUAUAGAAGAAAUGAGCUGAUAUCAUUGCAUUUGAUAGAAGUUGAGCUAGUGUACGAGAGAAGGUAUUGACUAGAGGUAGCAGUUGUUCAUUUAUUAUAACAAGAAGAAAGGCAGACCAUAUAGGUGCAGAUUCUGAUAUCAUGGGUGGAUAUAGUGCUGGUAAUCCCUGGAAGUUUUCUUCUAAUUGCUUUAAUUUUCUAAGCAAGGUCAUCAGCUGACAGUGAGAAAGGAGGUGGGUACAGAGGUAUUAGAUGCUUGUGAAGAGAGAACAUGUAAUUGUCAUCCAGGGAAGUGGGAGAGUAAAUGAUUAGAAAUUAAAGUGUGAGUAGUAGGCAAUGUUAAGGACCCAUUUGAAGUUACCCUACCCGUUGCCAUCGAGUCAAUUCCAACUCAUAGUGACCCUAUAGGACAGAGUAGAGUUUCCAAGGAGUACUUGUGGAUUUGAACUACAGUCCUUUUGGUUAGCAGCCAUAGCUCUUAACUACUAUGACACCAGGGUUUCCCGUUUGAAGUUAGAGGUCAUGAAUUAAAAGUGAGGCCAGUCAGCUUGGUUGCAUAUUGGGUUUUUUUUCCUAGCUACAUUUAUUUCAGGUGGAGAACAGUCAGAGUUGGAUUUAACCAGCCUUGUGGUUUUGCAAAGUGAGUAUGUCCAAGCAAAAGCAGAGUAAGUACGAGUGGUAAUAAUGGAACUUAAGCUGGGUAAGGAGAGAUGGGAGAAAAAGAUAGUUGAGUCAGUAGAUUAGAGGUCCUGAUGGGGUUGAAUGAUCGUAAGAGUUCAUGUACUAGAAGGGAUGAGCUAGAAUGUUAGAAAAUGGUAUUCAAAAGUGGUUGCAGGUAAUUGAGAUUCUUGCAAGGGUACUUUAGUUUGUGUGACUGAGGUAGGGUUACAUUUAGUUCUUUGAUCUUCACAGCAGCCCUAUGAUGUAGGUAUUGUAAGUAUCAUUACUCAUGUUUUAUAGAUGAGAGAACUGAAGCUUGUAGAGGUUGGGCAAUUUCCCAGUGGUCGCAAAGCAAAUAAGUUGGCUACCUACCUAGGACUCAGACUCUAUUACUUUCAUUCUCAGUACCCAUUCUUUCUACUAUACUACAUCAAUUUUCUGAAAAGUUAGUGACUUGUUAUUUCCCUCUCUUUGAACCUGAAUAGUAAUCUCAGGCCAUGACUUUUGAGACUUAUACAUGUACAAAAUUAUUUUCCUCCUAACUUUGGGAUAAGAGUGAUGUUAGAGGAAUUCAUUGCUACUAUUGUCACCUAACUGAUUUUAAUGAAAACACACAUACACAGUAGGAGGCUUAAUUAUGACCGUUUUGUUUAAAACUCUUUUUUGUAAGGGCGCUUAAGGUGGGUGGGCGACAGGACAUGUAGGAAUGUACUAUUCUUUCAGCAGCAUGCCUGGGCAGACAGCUGUGCUGUUAGAAUGUGUCUGCCCAAACCCAUGUGCAUUCUUUAUGGUGGCAGUGAGCACCAUUGCAAGCCUCUCGGAUAGGGCGGUAACUAUUGGAUGAUUGGAUAAUGUCCAUUUGGGAUAUGAUCCCCCCGUCCCCCAUUAAAUAACCAUCAUCAUGCUUUUUUUUUUUGUAUUCUUACUUAUUUAGCUUCCUUUGGGGGGGGGUGGAGACAGACUUUAAAGCAUUCUUUAAAUGUGAAUGAAGAAUGAAGAAAUUAUAAUUUAAUAUGAUGUGAACUAAUAUUUACCAUCUUUAAUGUUGAUCAGAGUAAAAAAAUGGUAUGCCUAAAUUUCAGGUAACAUUUUAACAUGCUCUAGUUUUAUUUUGUUGGCAUAAUAUUCUGUUUAAAAUAUGAGUACAUGUAGUCCCUCCCUUAAGAUGGGGUUCUGUUCCAGCGACUCGGUUGUAAGUCAGUUCUGAUGUAAGCCAAAUACCUUUUUUUUUUUUUAAGAUUUCAUUAUUAGUGUCUUUAUAAACCUAAUCUUUAUUUGUCUUUGAGGUUUGGAAACAUUACAUAUGAAUAUCUGUGACAUCAGGAAAUUAUGUGCUGCAACACUGUAUGUAGGACACAUUACUAACGAUAAGAUGUACGAAAAAACAGAUGGUCUUAAGUGCAGUUCCUUGUAACUCAAAUAAGUUCUAAUUUGGGGACUACCUAUAGUUCCCUGGGGAUGACCUUUAUCCCCUUUGGCUAGAGAAACUCCCCUCUCCGCUACCACUACUCUGUCUCCUACUAAUACUGGUACUGAAACUUUUUAACCACUAGAAUGGAGUCUGUGAUGACAGAACAAGGUGUAGAGAGGUGGUAGAAUUUAGCAGCUGAUCCUCUCUCAUGUGAUAUUGGUGGAACAUGAGGGCAUACCAACUUCUUUCUUCCUUCCUUCCCCUCUGGAGCCUUCAUGCCAGCUCCUCAGAGAAAAUAUAUAGGAAAACCUGAGUCAGGGUGUGUCUUAGUUAUCUAGUGCUGCUGUAACAGAAAUACCGCAAGUAGAUGGCUUUAACAGAGAAAUUUAUUUCCUCACAGUAAAGUAGGCUAAAAGUCCAAAUUCAGGGCAUCAGCUCCAGGGGAUGGCUUUCUCUCUCUGUUGGCUGUGGAGGACGGUCCUUCUGGUUAAUAUUCCCCUGGACGGGGAGCUUCUCUGUGCAGGAACCUCGGGUCCAAAGGAUGGGCUAUGCUCCCAGCACUGCCUUCUUGGUGGUAUGAGGUCCCCCUGUCUCUGCUCGCUUUUCUCUUUUAUAUCCCAAAAGAAACCAGCACAAGACACAGUCUAAUCCUGUAGAUUGAGUCCUGCCUCAUUAAUACAGCUGCUACUCAUCCCCUCAAGUUAAUAUCAUAGAGGCAGGAUUUACAGCACAUGGGAAAAUCCCAUCAGAUGACAAAAUGGUGGACAGUCACACAAUACCAGGAAUUGGAGCCUAGCCAAAUUGAUACACACAUUUUUGGGGAACGCAAUUCAAUCUAUGACAUUCUACUCUUUGGCCCUCCAAAAAUCACAUCCUUGCAACAUGCAAAACAUAUUCACCCCAUCAUGUCAUAGCAAAAGUCUAAAAUUCCAAGUCCAAAAUUCAAAAAUUCCUCUUCAUCUGUGAAAUCUAGAAUACAAGUUAUCUGCUUCCAAAGGUACAAUGGCAGAACAGGCACAAGCUAGACAUUUCCAUUACAAAUGGGAAAAACUGGAGGGAGAAAAGGGAUAACAGGCACCAAGCAAGUCAGCAGAAAUCAUUAUAUUAGCCCUCAAGGCUUUGAAAAUAAUCCUCUGUUCCCUGAGACCAUUUACACACCGCCUUGCCCUCCAAAAAAAAAAACCCCAAACCCACUGCCAUCGAGUCAAUUCUGACUCAUAGCGACCCUAUAGGACAGAGUAGAACUGCCCCAUAGAGUUUCCAAGGAGCGCCUGUGGAUUCAAACUGCCGACCGCUUGGUUAGCAGCCAUAGCACUUAACCACUACACCACCAGGGUUUCCCCCUGCCCUCCAGGCUCUAGAUAUUGGCUACACUCUCCGGAUUCUGAGUGGAGACCCCUCGGCCCUGGGCUUCAGCUCUGCCUUCCAUGCCAACUGGGACAGCAGCUCUGCUCCCUUGGCUUUACUUAGUCACACCAUUCUAGUCCACCUGAGUGGCGACUCCACCUUUAGAAACACCAGAGGCAAUGGCCUCACUCUUUGAAACCCCAGAGGUCGACAUGAUGCCUUUUGAGACUGAGGCAGCUCCGCCUUCUGUGUUUCUUGUCACUUCUGCUUCCUGGUUCUUUGGCCUCACGCCCACAUCUGCUCUGCUGGGGCAAGUGUUCCAAAGUUCUGUAGCUCCACCAGUAAGUGCCUGGAGGCACCCCACUCCUCCAGGAAGCCUCCUGUGCACAGGCAGUCAGCUCUCUCACUCCAUGGGUUGGCUCCAGUGCUGUCUGGUGCUAGCCUCCUGGUUCUGCUGCUGCCGGUCCUCUGCUGCUGUUUCCCUCCGUCUGUGCCUUCUCCAUUGUUAACAGUUCUCCUCGCUUUCUUCUGAGUCUUCUAUCCAUUCACAGUUUCAGAGCUGCUUCCAAACUUUAGGUAUCUGUUAGAGCAGCACCCCACCUUCUUGGUACCAAAUUCUGUUUUAGUUAUCUGUUGUUGUUAGGUGCCGUGGAGUUGGUUCUGACUCAUAGUGACCCCAUGCACAACAGAAUGAAACACUGCCCAAUCCUGUGCCAUCCUCACAAUCAUUGUUAUGCUUAAGCCCACUGUUGCAGCCACUGUGUCAGUCCAUCUUAAUGAGGGUCUUCCUCUUCUUGGCUGAUCCUCUACUUUACUAAGCAUGAUGUCCUUCUCCAGGGACUGAUCCCUCCUGACAACGUGUCCAAAGUAUGUAAGAUGUAGUCUCACCAUCUUUGCUUCUAAGGAGCACCCUGGCUGUACUUCUUCCAAGACAGAUUUGUUCGUUCUUUUUGGCAGUCCGUGGUAUACUCAGUAUUCUUCACCAAAACCACAAUUCAAAGGCAUCAGUCUUUCUUCGUUCUUCUUUAUUCAUCAUUCAGCUUUUGUAUGCAUAGGAGGUGAUUGAAAACAUCAUGGCUUGGGUUAGGCGCACCUUAGUCUUCAAGGUGACAUCUUUGCUUUUCAACACUUUAAAGAGGUCUUUUGAGCAGAUUUGCCCAAUGCAAUGUGUCUUUUGAUUACUUGACUGCUGCUUCCGGAGGUGUUAAUUGUGGAUCCAGGUAAAACGAAAUCCUUGACAACUUGAGUAUUUUCUUUAUCAUGAUGUUGCUUAUUGGUCCAGUUGUGAGGAUUUUUGUUUUCUAUAUGUUUUUUGGGGUGUAAACCGUACUUAAGGCUGUGGUCUUUGACCUUCAUCAGUAAGUGCUUCAAGUCCUCUUCACUUUUAGCAAGCAAGGUUGUGUUAACCUGCAUAAUGCAGGUUGUUAAUGAGUCUUCCUCCAAUCCUGAUGCCUCGUUCUUAUUCAUAUAGUCCAGUUGCUGAGAUUAUUUGCUCAGAGUACAGAUUGAAUAGGUAUGGUGAAAGGAUACAACCCUGUUAUCUAGUUAUCUAGUGCUGCUACAACAGAAAUACCACAAGUGGGUGGCUUUAACAAAGAAAUUUAUUUGCUCACAGUAACCACCAAAAAACCCAUUGCUGUCUAGUCAAUUCUGACUCAUAGCGACCCAAUAGGACGGAGUAGAACUGCCCCACAGGGUUUCCAAGGAAUGCCUGUUGGAUUCAAACUGCCUACCUUUUGGUUAGCAGCUGUAGCAUUUAACCACUCUGCCACCAGGGUUUCCCCUCACAGUAAAGUAGGCUAAAAGUCCAAAUUCAGGGCAUCAGCUCCAGGAGUAGCCUUUCUGUCAUUGUUGGCUCUGGAGGAAGGUCCUUCUCAUGAAUAUUCUCCUGGAUUAGGAGCUUCUUCGUGCAGGAACCUCAGGUCCAAAGGACCAGCUGUUCUCCUGGCUCUUGUUUCUUGGUGGUAUGAGGUCCCCCUGUCUUUCUGCUUGCUUCUGUCUUAUAUCUCCAAAGAAACCAGCUGAAAACACAAUCCAGUCCUAUAGAUUUAGUCCUGCUUCAUCAAUGCAACUGCUGUCCAUCCCCCCGCAUUAGCAUUAUAGAGGCAGGAUUUACAAAUAGAAAAUCACGGCAGAUGACAGAAUGAUGGGCAGUCACACAAUACCGGAAAUCAUGGCACAACCAAAUUGAUACACACAUUUUUGAGGACCACAGUUCAAUCCAUGACAGGGUGUAUACAAUUCUGAUCUCGUUAAUUCCUUGCUGAACAGCUUUCAUUGCUUUCCUACCAUCAUCAAGAUGAGAUCCAAACUCCUUAGCAGAGUAUCCAAGGCAUUCAUAAUCUGGUGCCUGCCCUUUCCCGUAUGUGUUCCUUAGGCUCUAGCAAUACCAAAACAUAUGCCGUUCUCUAAACAUGGUUUAUGCCUGGCAUAUAGUAGACGGUCAAGAAAUAUUUCUUGAAUGAAUGAAUAUAUUGCAGUUGUGCUUUUUUUUUUUUUUUACAUGCUAACAUGCUAAUUUUUAUUCCAUGGCUAACUCUUUCCUUUAAGACUCAGGCCAAGAAUCUUCUUUCAGGAGACCGUUUCUACUUUAUCUACUUGGUAAACAAAACAUUGAGGCCACAUCUCUGUUAUAAGAGCUGAUUUAUUCUUUUGUUUCUCUCGCUAGUUUGUGAGGUUCUUAAGGGCCAGGAACCAUGUCUUAUUCAUUUUAGCACUCCUAGCUGUGAACUUGUUCUUCGUAGGCAGUUUGUAUUUUCAGAAAGCCAGUGAAGUAGCUGUUGCUCUAACCGUAAUGUUAUAUAUUGAAUAGUCCUAAAUUUUUUAAUUUUGUUUCCUUGCCUUACCAAGGUGAAAAUUGCAUAGAAACUUGACUUAUGAAAUGAUCGGUAUGCUGAGAAUAUAUAACAGUCCUAAAUAGUAUAAUGUUUACUACUAUUAUAAUAAGUAUAAUAGCUUACUAUUAAAAUUAAGUAUACUAGCUUAUUCUGAGAUUGGGAUGUUGGGUAGCAAGAAUUACGGACUUCGCUUUAACUAAGUAGAAAAGGUUAUGUAAGUCUUACCCUUCUAGAUCAGACACUUGAGUUUGUACAGUUUAAACCGGUGACUCAUUUUACUGCUGCGUUCCUUCUUAAGAUGGAACUAUUGUUAGUACAGUUGCAUUUCCUAAUUUCCCCUCUCUUUUCAUCAGCGUUGCUUUUCUUUUCUAGUCUGAUGUCAAAAUCUGGGUAUUUCUUAGAAUUAAUGACUUAGUCAGUGGGUGAUACAUUAUUGUUCCCAUGAGAAGACUGUAUUUUAGAUGUUCUUCCUUUUUAAAGUCCAGAAUCUUAACCAUUUUACUGUAAGUUUUGAUUCCCUCUGUUCCUAAUUUUAGUUGUGAAAUCAUUUAGGUGAAACAAUAGUCAAGGUAAGUAUAAACAUACUAAAAAUAUGUUGGCUUUUUUGGGCAGGAAUCUAAGUACUAUGAAGAUUUAUUAUAUAAACAAUUGUGUGAAAAUCCAAAUUUAUUUAGAUAAAUUUUUAAAUUAAUAAAUUAGGUUUUGGGAUCGAGGACAUCUCUGAUCACUUUUUUUCCUAGUGCAGGCUACCUCCUGCAUGUCUGAGCUACCUGCCCACAGCAGAUCAGCUUUUUGGGAUUCACUCUUAGGAGAUAAUUCCACCUAUGUGGUCGUUAACUAGUUAUAUGACCUUGGGGAGUCUCGUCACUGCGGUUUUUAUAUUUCAGUUAUCUUAUCCUUGAAAGUAGAGGUUGAGUUAGAUAAUCUAUAAAGUUUUUCCUGUCUCUGAAAUUUAUGACUUGGUACUUAAGGUGAAUUGCCAUGGUGCUCACACUUGCAGUGCUUUUGCCCCCUCCGCCUCCCUGUCCCCCCCUUUUUUAAAGAGUAAUUUAACUAUACAGUGGGAGACUCUCUAUGCCUGGGAGAUUCUGAAUGCCUGGAUACAAAUGUACCCAAGUAUCCAAAUGCCUUCUAGUUCUUGUUUGUUAGAUAUGAACCAUUUUAUAAAAGUUAGUUUUUCAAAGGCUUUUUCAGGUAUAUCUAUAUUGAAAAAUCAUGUAUUAAUUUUUAGAAUUAAUUUUAUUAAUUUGGACUAUGGGUAUUAAAAAAUCUAUGGUUAACUUAAUCAUAAACUGGGCAGAAAGUUGCCUUUUGCAUAAUCCGUGUCAAAAAGAUCUGGCUAAACACUAUUCCACAUCAGUUAUAUCAUAUAUAAUAGCAUACUAAAUGAAAUAGCUAACAUAUAAAAAAGCUGGCAGUUUUAAAGAGUAGCACAAUUUGCGUAGAGACAAUUGUCUCUAGAUGUUUAAAGAAAGCUUGAAGUAAAGGAGAAAAAAAGGAACCGAGAGUAAUGACAAUUUCCAGCCUGAAAGAAUAGAGGUGUGUUUAGUUGGCAUAUGAGCAAGGGCUUAAGUCAGUACAAGCUUUAAUAUAUUUAUUAUUUUUAAUACAUUUAUUCUUUUGAGUAAAAUUUUGACAUGUAGGAACUUGAACCAUUUAUUGCCAAAAUUUGUAUAUUCUAUUCAAUGUAGUUAUAUCCCUACUGAUAAAUAGUGCAAGUAUAUUUGCGUAACAGCUCAAAUACAUACCACAGUGUAUUACAUAGAGGACGCAUACAAUGAGUAGGGAAUUGGUGAUUCUGCCAAGCCAGAAGUCCUGCGUCACCAUGUUACGGGCAUUCUGUUAGAAGGCUGUGAUGCUUCAAUAGGCCAUAAUGAGUGGAGGAAAAGAAGUUUUAGUGGGAAUUUUCUCUUAGCUGCUAAUGAAUGAACAGGGAGAAGAUUAUGAGUAGCCCUAUUUCCUGACCAAAAAGACACUUUUAAAUUGAUUAUGUAUCUUGUUAAUGCAAAGUCUAUGUCAGCUUUGCAAGUAGAGGGCUACCUUUUAUGUAGAUUUUAAAAAUCAAUUUUAGUACCUACAGUUUAUCAGAUAGCCCCUGCAUUUUUAGAUUUAUGAAAGGUUUUAGCCCAUUCUCCCCUCCUCAGUGAAUUAAAUUAAUUGCAGUUAAAUUAAAUGAAUUAAUUACAAUUAAAUUCCAGGUUACUUAACUUUUUAUUUAUCGGAGUUUCAGUGGAUAAGGAAAGAAGCCGUGUUAACAAUUUACUUCCCUUCUGAAUUUUGUCCUUAGUCUCAGGGCAAGGUACUCAAAAAGGAUAGCCUCCCUGAGGAUGACGGUACUUGGCAGGGGAUGGUAUGUCAUGACUAUUCUUGGAACUUGAGUUGGCUGUUUCUGUGCCUCUUUGGCAGAAGCCAGAAGGGUUGGGUUGGAUCUCUGGGCAUCUUUGGAAUAAUCAGGAUGCUUAGUGUAGCAGCCUCGCUUGUAACCAGGGCUCUGUCCUCUUAGUGUUUUUAAUCCUUAUUCUUGUCAGAAACAAGAACCUGCUCCUCACUAGUCCAUCUCUUCCUCUAGGCUAGGGUGUUAAAUUAAAGCUUAUUUUUCUGUUGAUUCACUUGCUCCUAAAUUGGCACAUCAGAAGCAGAAUUUUACUUCUCAUAAAUGCUCAACUGCCUGCAUUAUUUCUUAGGAUAGGAAAAUAUAACAAUAAUAAAAACUAAAACUGUUGCUAAUAACAGCUUUAUUACUUUUGUUUUCUUGAAUAGCAUUUGAAUAUGUCAGACAUUUGCCUUUAUCUCCCAAGGUGAGAUGCUCUUAGAACUCUAAGAAAUCUUUUAUGCAUAUAGGUAAUAAUGAUAAUUGAUUUUCGAUCAACUUCUUAUAACCUCUUUUGACUGUAGAGACUAUGGUAAGAAUAUGUGUAGCCUGUAAUCUCCUUUAUUAGUUUGCUUCAUCAUUCCCUUUCAUCAGCCUGUAAGUCUCACUGCCUGGGGCAUGAGCUCAUAUUCCCGUUUAUUAGACUUACAAGACAAUGGUAUGCCAGACAGUAGUAAAAACCUCCUGAGACAGAUCUCCUAGUCUGCUAGGAGACUAAAAUUAAAAGCUAGAUGUCUACUCCUUAAGGUCAUCCAUUUAAAUGCCCAGUUUCUAAAAGGAGAGCAGUCUUCCCCCUCCUCCCCGCAAAUCUACCCUCCAGGUAGCUAAUUUAUUUCUUUAAGGUAGCUUCAAACUGUACUCAUAGACUGACCUAAUAAAGCCACCAGAUGUUUACCAAGCUUUUACUAUUGUGAAAUAUUCUUGGCAGUGGAAGUCUAGGCUCUACCAGCUCCAGGUCACUGGUGGUGGCUUUUGUGUUCUGAGGCUGGGCUGGUAACAGAAGGCCCAUUCAAGGGAUCUGAGAAAUAAGAUAAAGGAGCUAGCUGGACAUCUGUCAGCCUGGCCUAACAUCCUGCCCCUCUUUAUUUUCUCUCUAGCACUGGCAUCCACAACUCCCUGUUUCCGCUGUGACCCUGUAUGUUUUCUACUUUGCCCAACUGUGCCAAAAAACAAACAAAAAAAACUACCUCUUAUCUUUUCUCCUCUCUUUGAAAUAAAAGGUGCUCUAAGAAAUUUCCCAGAGAGUAACAAAGGGUAAAAGACUAAGAGGAGGUCAAGGAAUUAGUUCCCUUUUAUAUUUCUCACCUUUUUCUUUUUGCUUAGAACAAUAGGAAAGCUAAGCAGGUAUAAAAAAAAGUUGUAGCUUUUAAGACUGCACUGUGGAGUGAAUGAACACACACACACAUAUUUAAAAGUAUUUCAAACUCAUUCCCAUGUGUACAUCCGGGUGCAAGGGUAGGAUCUAUAGAGUUAUCAGUGAAGAAUAUGAAAGAGGAACUAUAGUACUGGAAAGGUUUUGGGUUUAUCGUGAGUCUGCAGCUGUUGGAGGUGGGGAGAUCUCUCAUUCCUUUACCCAAGGUAUGGAGGUAGGACGAUAAUAACAUAUUGUAGGUAGAGAAGGUAGAUUGGAUCCACAAUCAAUGCCCAUGGAAAUAGAAGUCAAGAAAUCAAAUGAUGUAUUGCAAAUCUGGUGCAAAAGAGCUCUUUAAAGUGUUGAAAAGCAAAGAUGUCACUUUGAGAACUAAGGUGCACCUGACCCAAGCCAUGGUAUUUUCAAUUGCCUCAUUUGUACGCGAAAGUGUAAAUAAGGAAGACCGAAGAAGAAUUGAUACCUUUGAAUUAUGGUAUUGGCGAAGAAUAUUGAAUGUAUCGUGGACUGCCAGAAGAAGGAACAAGUCUGUCUUGGAAGAAGUAUAGCCAGAAUACUCCUUUGAAGCAAGGAGGGUGAGACUUCGUCUCAUAUACUUUGGACAUGUUAUCAGGAGGGACCAGUCCCUGGAGAACAACAUCAUGCUUGGUAAAGUAGAGGGUUAGCAAAGAAAAGGAAGACCAUCAAUGAGAUAGAUUGAUACAGUGGCUGCAACGAUGGGCUCAAGCAUAACAAUUGUUAGGAUGGCACAGGACUGGGCAGUGCUUCGUUCUGUUGUACAUAGGGUCACUAUGAGUCAGAACUGACUCAGUGGCAUCUAACAACAACAACAGAGGAAGUAGGGGAAUGAAAAUGUUCCCAGGGCCUGCAGAGUCCAAAAAAAACCCCAGCCUGUUGCCAUCCAGUUGAUUCCGACUCAUAGUGACCCUAUAGGACAGAGUAGAACUGCCCCACAGGGUUUCCAGGGACCAUCUGGUGGAUUCAAACUGCAGACCUUUUUGGUUAGCAGCCGUAGCUCUUAACCACUACGCCACCCGGGUUUCCAGAGCCUGAGCGAUUGGGUGUGGAAAAGUCAGAGGGAGACAAAAGAAGAGAGCCUGUUGGGAGUGAAGGGAGGCUUUUUAGCUGCUUAUAAGGCAUAUACAUAAAAAGUGGUGAUUCAACGGCACUGGGUACCUUUUUUUUUAAUCUGCUUACUUAAAAUUUGAUGUAUUUAUUAAUAAGGUAAAAUCCUAUUAAAAAUGCUAGUUUACUAGUGUAUUUAAAAUCAUUUUCCUUGCAAGAAGUAUCAUAUUUGAGUAUAAAAAAAGAAUUGUUCAGCUUUUUUAUAUCACAUAGCCAGUCAGUGUUCAAAUUUCAUUUUUUUUUUUGUUGAGUGUGUUUGAAUUAGUAUCCAGGUAAUUAGUAUCCACAUCACAAUGAUAUAUUUCAUAUUAAUGUGAUUGGGUACUGGGCUGGGUAAUGUAAUAUUUAACAGUAUGAUAUAUAAUGUAAUUGAUAUGUAUCUUAACUCUUUUUUGAUCUGUAGGUUCUCUACUCUUGAUACUAUUUUGAGCAAAGUAAAGGGCUAUGUUGUUUCUAAAAUGCCAUUAAAAAGCCAUUCUAGCUUCAAAAAUUUUUGCUAUGUCACUAUAAUUGUAUGAGCUAUUUCCUAGAACAUACGUCCCAAAUUAUUUUUCAUUGUGCUUUAGGUGAAGGUUGACAGAGCAAAUUGGUUUCUCAUUCAAUAGUUUAUAUACAGAUUGUUCCGUGACAUUGGUUGCAGUCCCCACAAUGUGUCAGGACUCUCCCCGUUACCACCCUAAGUUUCAAAAUAUUUCUCGAUGGCUUUGGAAGAAUCCUAAAACUGUUGUGUAAUGUAAAUACGCAUAUGUUUUUUUUUUUUAAUCUAAAAUUUUCUUUAUACGUUAUGAUUUUUAAUAGUUUUGAAAUGUCCAGACAGAGCUUGUUAUACCCAUACUUUACAAUGCACAGUCCUCUGUAAUAUUUUUGCUGGACAUUUAGAUACUUAAUUUAGUAUCUUCAGAAGACAUUUGCUUACUUUUAGGCCAGAUUUAAAACAGAGCUAGCCCAUGUGUAUUUAUAAUAAGUGAUAGGAUAACCGACCAUGGCAUAAUUUAAAAGCACCAGCAAUGUCUCCCUGCCUACUUGUUAAUGCUUAAAAUUCUUCCUUUGAGGCAUUUAUUAUUUUAUUUUGGGAGAGGGGGUGGCAUUUUUUUUUUUUCAGGUUUAAUUAAUACACUUCAUUUUUCUUGAAUAGAAACCACUGUGUAAUGGCCACUGCUGGAGCCUGGGUCCUCUGCUCAAAGACUCUGGUGUGGGUUUAUACAAGGUGUUCAGUGAAUUCCUGGGAGGCAGACUUGGUGAACAGAUCUCUUUCCAGAGGUCUGAGUACCAGAGGCAUUUGGUCCCUGAGUGGUGCAGUUAACACAUUUGACUACUAACCUAAAGGUUGAUGGUUCAAACCCACCCAGUGGUGCCGCAGAAGAAAAGUCCUGGCAACCUGCUUUCAUAAAUAUUAUAGCUGUGAAUACCCUAUGGAGCAGCUCUGCUCUAUAAACACAUGGGGUCAGAAUUGACUCGUCAACAGUUGGUUUUUUGAUUCUACAUUAUAACUACCACUGGUGUAGUACCAAAGAAGAAUAAUCUGAAAGGAUCUUGAAAUAUCCCUUCUUUUUUACAUCUGCACAAUGAGAUUUUCAUAUACUUCAGCCAAGAAACGAACCCUGGUGGCACAGUGAUUAAGUGCAUGGCUGCUAAGUCAAAGGUCUGCAGCUGGAACCCACCAGCCACUCCACAGAGAAGGAUGUGGCAGUCUGCUUCCGUGAAUAUCAGCCUUGGAAACCCUAUGGGGCAGUCCUACUCUGUCGUGUGAGGUUGCUUUGAAUCAAAAUCAGCUUGAUGGCAGUGGGUUUGGGUUUUUGUUUUUUGUUUUAGAGAUACAUACUUAAAGAUGUCUGGAAUUUGCUAGGAAUAAAUACAGAGGGAAAGAAGGAAGUAAAAUUAUAGAUGAAAUUUAAGAUUGGCCAUUACUUGAAUGGUUGUUGAAUUUUGUCAAAUGUUUUCCUGCGUAGAUUGAUGUUAUUCUGUGAUUUUUCUUCUUGAUAUGGUAGAUAACAUUGAUUUUUGAAAACUGAAGAAACCUUGCGUCUGUGAAAUAAACCCCACUUGGUCACAGUGUAUACUUUUUUGUAUAUUUUAAAGGUGAGGCUGAGAGUGUGUGUGGGAAGAGUGGAAGGCAGAUCUUUCCAGGAACACUUGGGAUUUGGGAGCUUCUUCUUUAUUCCAGUAGGUGGCGGUGUUAGAGAGGCACAGGAUUACUAGUUGCUGGUGGCAUUUAGGAUGUCCUCUUUACUCCUGGUUACAAUAUAGCAGCAAUUGAAAUGUAACUAUUAAUUGUUGGCAAUUUAUGUAGCUGAUUUGUUGAUUAAAUACUGAAUCAUAGGAUACAGAAUCUAGUAAUGUAUAGAAUAUGGAUUGUGGAGAUCCUCGCCCUUAAUGCUUUAAUAAUCCAGGAAAGAGAAAAACAUGGUAUUUGAAAUUCCGAGUCAUUAGUUGAAUAACCUUUAGUCAUUUAACUCUUGCUUUCCCUGUGAGGUUGACAGUACUAGCUUUUUAAAGGUUCAUUUCAUUGGAAAGGAUAAGCGUUUUAAAAAACUGUAAUAAUUACCUAUAUCAAAGUCAUUCUCUCUCUAAUUUGGUUACAUUAUAAUUUUAUGUUUCAACUUCAUGGAAGACUAUUUCAGUCCUGCUUUCCUGAAUUUUACCGUUACAAAAACCUAGAGUAGUGUCUGGCAGGUAGUAGAUGUUACAUAGUUAAAACAUUUUUUUGUUGUUAUUUUUGGGGAUUAUAUCACUAAUACCCAUUAUUUGUAGAUUUUACUAGUUCACUUUUCAUAAAGUACUCUCAUUUUUAGGUUCUUAGAUUUAAUUUAACUUUGUUUCUGCAUAUUAAAGAUUAGACUUUUGCUUUUAAAAUUUUUAACACUCAAAAGUAUUCCAUGCUAUCGUGGCACAUUUGUAACCUUUAUUAGACCAUAAAACCAAAAUACUAGUGAAGGCAUUCAUGUUCUGGCUUCUGCGCUUAUGAAUCAGAGUUAAACUAUUUCUUUGAGUUUGGAUUUGUGGUUUCUUGAACUAAUUUAAGUGACGUAAAAGAUGACUCUUACUAGGUGUGUCCUCUCUUUUUUAAAAGUGUAUUUGAUGUUUUAUUGUAAACAGGUUUCUCCAAGGAAACUUUACAGUCUCACCCUCCUCACCUCCUUAGGAAUGAAAGCCCAGCUAUACGUACUGAUUCCUACGUGUUUUAUUAUUAAACUCUUACUCAUGUGUGGGUUGUUUAUUUUAUUUAUUUUUUAAAAUAUUCCUGGAGUUCUUGAAGUAUUCUCUUUUCUGACUCAGUCUUCUGUUGAUUACGAGACAUUUUCCUUUAGGCCACUGUCCACUUACUUUGGGAACUGUGAAUGUUUACCUUCUAUUCGUUCCUUCUGGCCACUGGAGUGCAUGAGUAAAUGUCACAUGCAUGUGGUGUUGCCUGUCAGAGAGUGGAAUUCUAAGACUUCCUCUCUCCAUAGAACAGUUUAACUUUUGUGCUUCUGGGCAGAAGUAUGGUCCUUGGGACAGCCCUGCUUCCAUCUAACAGUUAUGGCCGGGAUCAGGACACAUCUCUUUGCUGCCUGUGUAGUGGGGCCUCAGAAUCAGCUCUACCCAACCUGACAGAUCACUUUGCCAGCUGUGUGGAGGAUGGAUUUGAGGGAGACAAGACUGGAGGCAGUAGUCCAGAAGCCUUGCACCGCCCCUAUGGUUGUGAUGUUGAAUCCCAGGCACUGAACGAAGCCAUCAGGUGGAGCUCCAAGGAGAACUUGCUCGGAGCCACUGAGAGUGACCCUAAUCUCUUUGUUGCACUUUAUGAUUUUGUAGCAAGUGGUGAUAACACACUAAGCAUCACUAAAGGUGAAAAGCUACGAGUCCUUGGUUACAACCAGAAUGGUGAGUGGAGUGAAGUUCGCUCUAAGAAUGGACAGGGUUGGGUGCCAAGCAACUAUAUCACCCCGGUGAACAGCCUGGAAAAACAUUCCUGGUACCACGGGCCUGUGUCCCGCAGUGCAGCGGAGUAUCUACUGAGCAGUCUAAUCAAUGGCAGUUUCCUGGUGCGAGAAAGUGAGAGCAGCCCUGGGCAGCUCUCUAUCUCGCUCAGGUAUGAGGGGCGUGUGUAUCACUACAGGAUCAAUACCACCACAGAUGGCAAGGUUUACGUGACUGCCGAAAGCCGCUUUAGCACCUUGGCAGAGCUUGUUCACCAUCACUCCACCGUGGCUGAUGGGCUGGUGACAACAUUACACUACCCAGCACCCAAGUGUAAUAAGCCUACUGUCUAUGGUGUGUCCCCCAUCCACGACAAAUGGGAAAUGGAACGAACAGAUAUUACCAUGAAGCACAAACUUGGGGGUGGUCAGUAUGGAGAGGUUUACGUUGGCAUCUGGAAGAAAUACAGCCUUACAGUUGCUGUGAAAACAUUGAAGGAGGAUACCAUGGAGGUAGAGGAGUUCCUGAAAGAAGCUGCAGUAAUGAAGGAAAUCAAGCAUCCUAAUCUGGUACAACUAUUAGGUGUGUGUACCUUGGAGCCACCGUUUUACAUCGUGACUGAGUACAUGCCGUACGGGAACCUGCUCGAUUAUCUCCGAGAGUGCAGUCGAGAAGAGGUGACUGCAGUUGUGCUGCUCUACAUGGCCACUCAGAUCUCUUCUGCAAUGGAGUACUUAGAAAAGAAGAACUUUAUCCAUAGAGAUCUUGCAGCUCGUAACUGCUUAGUGGGAGAAAACCAUGUGGUAAAAGUGGCUGACUUCGGCUUAAGUAGAUUGAUGACUGGAGAUACCUAUACUGCUCAUGCGGGAGCCAAAUUUCCUAUUAAGUGGACAGCACCAGAGAGUCUUGCCUACAAUACCUUCUCAAUCAAAUCUGAUGUUUGGGCUUUUGGGGUGCUCCUGUGGGAAAUUGCUACAUAUGGAAUGUCACCAUAUCCAGGUAUUGACCUGUCUCAGGUCUAUGAUCUACUAGAAAAAGGAUAUCGAAUGGAACAACCAGAAGGAUGCCCCCCUAAAGUUUAUGAACUUAUGAGAGCAUGCUGGAAGUGGAGCCCUGCCGACAGGCCUUCUUUUGCUGAGACGCAUCAAGCUUUUGAAACUAUGUUUCAUGACUCCAGUAUUUCUGAGGAGGUAGCUGAGGAACUUGGGAGAGCUGCCUCCUCCUCAUCUGUUGUUCCAUACCUGCCCCGAUUACCUAUACUUCCUUCCAAGACCCGGACACUGAAGAAACAGGUGGAGAACAAGGAGAACAUCGAAGGGGCACAAGAUGCCACAGAGAAUUCUGCCUCCACUUCUGCACCAGGUAUGGGUCCCACAGGGUUCAUUAGAAGUGCACAGGCCCCCAGUGGGUCCCCAGCACUGCCUCGAAAGCAAAGAGACAAGUCACCCAGCAGCCUCUUGGAAGAUGCCAAAGAGACAUGCUUCACCAGGGAUAGGAAAGGAGGCUUCUUCAGCUCCUUCAUGAAAAAGAGAAAUGCUCCCACACCCCCCAAACGCAGCAGCUCCUUCCGAGAAAUGGAGAAUCAGCCCCACAAGAAAUAUGAGCUCACGGGUAACUUCUCAUCUGUUGCUUCUCUACAGCAUGCUGACGGGUUCUCUUUCAUGGCUGCCCAGCAAGAGGCGAAUCUGGUGCCACCCAAGUGCUAUGGGGGGAGCUUUGCACAGAGGAACCUUUGUAAUGACGAUGGGGGUGGGGGUGGGGGCAGUGGCACUGCUGGGGGUGGGUGGUCUGGCAUCACAGGCUUCUUUACACCACGCUUAAUAAAAAAGACACUGGGCUUACGAGCAGGUAAACCCACAGCCAGUGAUGACACGUCCAAGCCUUUUCCAAGGUCAAACUCUACAUCUUCCAUGUCCUCAGGGCUUCCAGAGCAGGAUAGGAUGGCAAUGACUCUUCCCAGGAACUGCCAGAGGUCCAAACUUCAGCUGGAAAGGACAGUGUCCACCUCUUCUCAGCCAGAAGAGAAUGUGGGCAGGGCCAAUGACACACUUCCCAAAAAGUCAGAGGAAGGUGCUGCUCCAACCAGGGAGAGACCAAAAGCCAAACUUUUGCCCAGAGGAGCCACAGCUCUUCCUCUCAGAGCCCCCUCUGGGGAUCCAGCCAUCACAGAGAAGGACUCUCCAGGGCAGGGGGUGGCUGGAGUGGCAGUUGCCCCCAAGAGCAAGGAGAGGAAUGGUGGGGCACGACUCGGGAUGGCUGGAGUUCCAGAGGAUGGAGAGCAGCCAGGGUGGUCCUCUCCAGCCAAGGUGGCAACAGUCCUUCCAACCACUCACAACCACAAAGUGCCAGUCCUUAUCUCACCCACUCUGAAACACACUCCAGCUGAUGUGCAGCUCAUUGGCACAGACUCUCAGGGGAACAAGUUCAAGCUCUUAUCUGAGCAUCAGGUCACCACCUCUGGAGACAAGGACCGACCCCGACGGGUAAAACCAAAGUGUGCCCCACCCCCACCACCAGUCAUGAGACUACUGCAGCAUCCAUCCACAUGCUCAGAUCCUUCAGAAGAGCCAUCUGCCUCUUCUGCAGGACAGCCUACGACAGAAACCCAGGAAGGUGGGAAAAAGGCAGCAUCAGGGGCAAUGCCUGUAAGUGGGAAAGCUGGGAGGCCAGUGAUGCCUCCGCCUCAAGUGCCUCUGCCCACAUCUUCCAUCUCGCCAGCCAAAAUGGCCAACGGCACAGCUGGUACUAAAGUGGCUCUGAGAAAAACCAAACAGGCAACUGAGAAAAUCUCAGCAGACAAAAUCAGCAAAGAAGCCCUGCUGGAAUGUGCUGACCUACUGUCCAGUGCAAUCACGGAACCUGUGCCCAAUAGCCAGCUGGUGGACACUGGCCACCAGCUGCUCGACUACUGCUCAGGCUAUGUGGACUGCAUCCCUCAAACUCGCAACAAAUUUGCCUUCCGAGAGGCCGUGAGCAAACUGGAACUCAGCCUGCAGGAGCUGCAGGUGUCUUCAGCAGCUGCUGGUGUCCCCGGGGCAAACCCUGUCCUUAAUAACUUAUUGUCAUGUGUACAGGAGAUCAGUGAUGUGGUGCAGAGGUAGCCACUGUUAACCUAGUGGGGAGAUACACACAUUUCUGAGGGAGCGGGAAAGGGGACUUGUUUUCCUGUGUUCUUGUUUUCAAAAAAUGAAAGACUGAUACUUGAGUGUGUUUAUGUGAAGUACCUCAGAUCCCUGAGUUCUCACGUUUACAGGUUCAUCUCAAAUUUUUAACAAGAAGCAAACCACAUAAGUACAGGAAAGGAAAAUUGGAUGGAGGCAGGGCAGUAGUUGCCAGGGUUGGAAGCUGCGCUGCAGAAUCAGGGAACAUGUGUAUGUCAUGCCAUAAAAAAAGAAAUCCAGCCCAUUCCUACCUGGAAUGACACGAGGUGGCUAGACGGAGCUGAGUUCAACAAGGCUGCAGUACCAACUCUGCAUCACACAAAGGGGAGUUGGCCUGGGGGUCCAGUAGGUACUAACGGUGAUUAUGUGCCAGCUCACCUAGUGAAUUUAUUAGGUCAGAAGAAAGGAAUGCUGGGAAUGUACCGAAAGAAGUUUUGUUCAAGUCUAUUGGAAGCAGCUGUUGGUCUUGCUGCUACAAGGUCAUUGCUGCUAGUAAGAACUGCAAAUCAAAUUGUUAAGAUAUGCAACUGGGAAACAUUAGUACAGUCAGUAAAGAAUGCUGGAAGGUUCGGUCGGGGAGAUUUAAAACCUCCCCACUAAAGUCCUAGAUUAGCAGAAGUCACUUCUUCUAGUCUAUUACUUCUUAAUGAACCAGGAUCGGCUUUCUGCUUGUGGGUGCCCAUCUGUAAACCAUAGGCGCAGGGGUCUCGGCUCUUCUUAAUGGUUCUUCUUUACCCCUUGCUGGGUAGGCUGUCUUCCUUUACUCCUGGCAGCAUUCGGGGCAUUAACCAACAUUAACUUUGAAAUUGUAAUCACAUACAGGUUCUCACAAGGGCAUGCUUUUCUGCAACAGUGUUCUCGCAUACCGACAUACUGGCCAAGAACUUGAGCAGCUGUAUACGUAUCAACUAAAAUUACCAGGGAGGGGUCCUCUUGUUGAAACCUAAACGGCUAGGCUCGGAGGCCUGGGACUGAGAGAAGAAGCUGGUUUGGUCCUAAUGGCUGUUUCUCUUUACCUUUCCCCUGUCAUCACUUUAGGGCCAAUCUAGAUCAAGUGUAGGGAGAGGCGUUUUCUCUUCCUGGAUUUCAAACGAAAUUACCCAAAGUCAUUCUCACAUGCUUUUCUCCUCUGACAUUCCCCUUCCCCAUCAUUGUGCUUGUUUGUAAAGAUCAUAUUGGGAAUAUUCUUUAUUUAUUUUGUAAUUCACCUCUAUUUUAACAGUGCAUAACUGAAGGAGCAGCAUUUCCAGAAAGCACCAACUAGACCCUGGAAACGCAGCGAUUUAGCCUUCAAAUUAUGUCUUGCCCUUGGAAAAUAGGCCUUUUCUGUCCCUUCUCAUUUCUAAUUAUAGAGCUAAUUAGAAUCACAUGGAACCAAGUCUAAUGGUUAGAUAUUAAUAUUCCUAGUAGUAGGCCUAAUUCUAGUUGCCAUUUCAUUCUCAAAGCUUUAUGAGACCCUCCGCCCAAAGAAAACUCAAUAUACAAUAUCUUAAUUUUUUCCUCCCAAAGGAAUAUUAGCUUAGGAAGAUAGGAAUUCAACAUUGAUGAACAGUGAGUUUUCUCCCUGGCUCUGUCAUUGAUCCACUGUCAAGCCUCAUCUCUUAAUAUCUUAAGUGAAAGUAAUGAUACAUGUUCUCAAGGGUGUUUUGUAAGUAAGUAAGUGCAUUGCUAUCCCUAUGAGAGCCUCUCUGGAAAGCUCCGUAGUGCAGUCCUGUUAUGUUGAAUGGUUUUUCAUUCUCUUCUUUGCUCAGUAGCAGGCAUUAGUGAAAUUUAGAACUGCUGAGAUAAUAUUAAUUAGGCUAGAAUGCCCUAUGGAGCAGCAGUUCUACUCUGGAUGAGGUCACCAUGAGUCAGAAUCGACUCAGUUGCAACUAACAACAACAACUAAGGGAAAACUGUGUUUUGGAUAGAGUUUGGUGCCUUUGACCAAUGAGGAAAUUUAGUUUUCAUUAGAAAGAAAGGUAAGCUUGAUUUUUAUCCUUGCUGCUGUAAAGGAGGUCCAGGCUAAGAGAAGGGUAAGAAGGGAAGAGGCAGUACUGGGCAUUUCUUGCAGGUGUUGGCUGAUCCCUGUCAAUAUGUUAUGUACAGACACAGCACAGCACUAGUGGUCAGGUUAAAUCCCUUUAGGUUGGAAGAGAAAAUAAGAGUUCCCCUUAACCAAUCCUCCUCCUGCCGUAUUCCCUGCCAUUCCAUCUCAUCAUACACUUCAGUAAACUUGAAACAGUUUUAGCAGUUAGCCUUUUAAGGAUGGGGAGGGGAAAGCUAAAACUUUAGAAUAUUAAUAUGCUGCUGUUUACGUUUAUCCCUGUCAUUGUGGGAUGCAAGUUGAGGGAUUAUAAUUGUUUUUCAGGGGAUUUUUCUUUUUUUUUUUUUUUUUAAAGCAAGGAACCUGUUUUUCCUUGAGAGCUCUGAAAAUAAGCUGUGGAGAAACACUACUGAGUAUAUUUAAGCUCCCUGAUUUUCUCACCGAAGAACAGUCUUAAGGAGUGGGGGCUGUGUCUUACUCAGGGGCAGCACCUGGCUCUGUCUUGCCUACAGUGGGUGCUCAAUAAAUUAAAGAAUUUAAUUGAUUUUCUCAACACAGUCAAGAGUAGCAUUGACUGCCGUAGCGCACCGCAUCCUGCACGAUGCUUCAACUGUGCAACUUCAGGGGUUUGAGGGCUCAGGGUUCAGGUUAAAGAGGCACUGUCAACUUACUAUAAAAUAUAAUUUGGGCUUUUCCUUUUUCUACUUGAAAAGGACCAACUAAAAAGACCUUAUGUAAAUUAAAAGGUUUCAAUUCAAAGCAGAAAAAACUGCUUCUAGAAACUAAAAACGUAGUUUAAUUCUAUCUAGCCUAAAAGCAAAGCAGAUAGCAGAUGGGGGGAAAAAAAAACCCUUUUAACAAGGUAUCGACUUAUCAACUAUCUCACUAUCUGACAUUUCGCAUUUGUGGCGAUAGUAAAAAAUCUACUGACUAUUUUGCACGUUAAUGACGUAUGUCUGGCAGUGACAAAUGCUGAGGUGCAAGGUGAGGGUAAUACUGGCUGUGAAUUAAGGUUAUGUGUCAACUUGGCUUGGCCAUGAUUCUCAGUAGUUUGGUAGUUAUGACAUGAUGUAAUUUGGCAGUUAUGUAAUGAUGUAGUUACUCUCCAUUUUGUGACCUGAUGUGGUCAUCCUCCAUUUUCACAUCAUGCCGAUUUUUGGAUAACAUCCUCGUGUUUGAAACCUAACCAUGUCAAUAAGUGAGGAGCGAGUGUAUUGAAAAUUUCGCAAAGUGGUUAUAUAUGCAUACCUUUGGGCUACCACAGCUUGAAUCCUUUUGUGUACAGGUAAUAAUGAUUUCAGUUCAGAUUUCCUACUUUACAAUGCAGUGUUUUGUGUAGAAUACAUCUUGUUUGUGCUUCACAUAAAGUAUUUUCUUCAAAGGCUUAGUGUAAAAUUAAAAUGGAUAUAUUUUCCUACAGACUUCCAUCAUAAUUUUCAGUGAUACAGCCUAAAAAAGAAACUGGCCGUAAGAAAUUGAUUCAGUGUUUUUCCAGAUGACCUCUAUACACAGAGGUCAUUAUAGUAGAGACCCUUUCCCAGCUGUAUUUUAGGGUUUAAAUUAGAAAUUUGCUUACAGUUCAGUUGAAAUAUGGCUACAAAAGUAGUUCCCAGUUAAUGAAACAUUCUGACUUUGCUAAGGUACAGCCCAUAUUUACUCAACUAAAAAUCAUGAAGUUUUUGAGUUUAAAAGAUGCAGUAUAGAUAGUGGUUAAGAGUUCAGACUCUAAAACCUAAAAGGCAAGUCAUUUUACCCUUCUAAGCCUCACUUUCCUCAUUAUAAAACAGGGAUAAUAAUAGUAACUACCUCAUAGGGUUGUUAUAAGGAUUAAGUGAGAUAAUGUGUGUAAGAUACUUAGCUCAAGUGCCUGGGCACACAGUGAGCACUUCAUAAUGUCAACUCCUCCUCUUGCUGUUCCUGUUAUAGCACCUAGUGGCUCUCAGCAAGGAGUGUGCUGACAGAAUCCCCUAGGGGGCUUUGAAAAACUGAUCAUUGGCCUCACGCCAGAUCAGAAUUCCCAAGAGGGUGGGGUCUCAACUAACGUGUUUUUGAGAAUCUCCCCAGGUAUUUCUUAAACCCAUCACUAUCUAAGAACUGUCAAUACCCCAGCCCUUCUCUUUACAGAUUACGAAACUGGAGGAGACGAUGGUAAAGUUACUUGCCGGUUAUUUCACAGCAGUAAAUUAGUGACAGAGCCAGGGCUAGAAUUUGGGUCUCUUGACUCCCUGGUCAUGGGGUCUUUCUACCAUUUCUGCUGCCUCGUGAGUCACUACAAAAAAAGUGGCUCAGAUAGACAAUCAGUCCGCACAGUGCUGCACACUCUCUUAAAGCACAGGCUCCCAGCAUUCCAGCAAAUCUGCACCAAGCAGUAAGGAAAUACCAACUAAAUUUUUUGUUUUUAAACUACUCCUACAUUCCUUUUUAUUUAAAAAAAAAAAAAAAAUGUUCAGUACCAUUUCAAUGACUGAGAUAAUGUAUAUGAAAGCACUUUGAGAAAAUAUCAGAAGUAAUAUAACUCUAAAGGUGUGUUAUUAAUGUCUGUUUAGACGAGAAAAUAAUUGGUUAGAUGCUGAUUAACCUAAACGCUCUUACCUGAGAGAGACCUGAAAAUGCAAAUGUAUAAACAAUCACCUCUGUAAUUGAUUAUAAAUAUGAAACCCUAAACGAAUGUAUGCUGUUGUGGCAAGUGUCUUGCUACGCUUGUAGUUCAGAGCUGAGUAACUUCAGAAAUCCAGGACCAACUUUUUGGUUUCAGUGAUUUCAGAAUACAGAAGCUCUUCCAGGGACUUUGCCCCGAGAAGGAUGGGGCCCUUUUACUCACCAACAUUUUUGUCCAUCCCCUGCUCAGCCGGUGAGAAAGAUGUGGCAGUCUGCUUCCAUAAAGAUUACAGCCUUGGAAACCCUAUGGGGCAGUCCUACUCUGUUCCUACAGGGUCACUAUGAGUCGGAAUCGACUUGACAGCAGUGGGUUUGGUUUCGGUUUUCUCAGCCCCUGAGUCGUCUAAAUGUGGCGGGAGCAGACUUGUUUCCUAUUGAUGUUGACUGUCUUUUUUAACCUAUGUCCUGCAUGGUGUUUUUGUUUUUGUCUUUUUUUGUGUGUGUGUGGUGGGGGUGUGGUGAGAGAUGGCUGUAGAACCAGUGCACUCUGGGAAUUUCCUACCAGUUAUAAAUGAGCUUGACAUCAUCUAUUUUCAUUUUUAAAAAGAAGAGUAGCUGAAUGUAACCCAUCCAUUAGAUUAUAAAAUAUCCAGGAGUAAAUUGCACUGGAGGCCACUUUCAAGCUAGCUGUACUGCACUCUAACCUCUCCCACUCCCUUUCAUUUUUGCUACUGAUGGCAUUAAUCCUCUCAGGCCGUGCCCCACCGGAGUUCACAUUGGGUUGACAGGGUUAUCUAUGUUUUUGUUGGUGAUUUUGGGGUUUCAUCAUCUUGCUUGCAUUAACUUACUCCAGUUGGGUUGGGCGUCCAGUUUCUUUGUUAUGACCAGUCCUCUUUAUGUAAGUGUUUUUCUGGGCCUAAGUUUCCUCUCGUGUGUGUUGAUAGACUUCAGCUGUCUGUAUCUCUUAGUUUCUGUCAAGCUAGUAGCUGUGCAAAUGCCUGCUUCAGUUUCGGGUAUGGCCGCAUGUGAGAGACAUAGGGGAAGGGAGCCUCGAGGGAGCCUCUACCUUCCAUGUGACAACCAGGGAAAUUGCUGCUAGCCUUAGCCUCACUGGUCAGAGAGAGCCUCGGGCUGCUUCUGAGUCUCCCACUCUUAACAGAAUAUUUAUACCUUUGGAUAGAGUUCCAACUAUCGGGCUUUUAAAAAUCGAAAGCAAGGGUUGUUUUUCUGGCAAGCCAAUAGUGCCUGGAGCAGCAGUUACAGCUCCCUGCUGUGUUACACCACAACUUCAGUUCACCCUCCAGGGUCUGAAUUUCACUGCCAUUCCCUCCACUCUGGUAUUCAGGGCAGCAUGGGUGGAUUUCAGGGCUGAAGAAUGGGCUGCACCCUGCUCUUUCUCUUCCCCAGAGUAUCCACCGAGGUGACUGAUUAUCUUAGCUCCAGCCUGCCCGUUGUCAAGUUUACUACAGUGUUGGAAGGUUGAGUCUCUGCUCUGGGCUGCUGCUUUUUGUGCCACCCAAGUGACUUGUAUGUUCUGUCCUGAGUGUGUGAAAGAUGACAUUGCCUUCAUUUCUGAUUCAGUAUCUUAGAUUCAGAGAAUGGGAAAUCGGUGAAGGCUCUCUGAUCCCCUGCUUCUCCCCAUGUGAUGAGACCUGUGAAGGGUCAUCUUGACCCUAGGGUGACUAGAAUGGCAGAGAUCACCCCUAGGGAAUGGUGCCUUUCAAGACGAGUUUCACGAGUCUUGCAGUGGAAAAAACCUGUCAGCAGGGUUGAUUUUGCACAAUUAUUGAACUGGUAGAACUGAUCUUUGUAGGUGGCAGUGGCUCAAAAGCCAAGUCAGCGAGCAUUCCCUGCUGUAGGUGUUUUGCCCACACAGGGUGCUGAUUUGGGAGACUGCUGCACUUUCUCUAUUCCACUUGAUGAGCUGGGGAAGGACCCUGUAACUGCACCCUUCCCUCUCCAUCCAGGUGCACUUCCUUGCUCCUGUGUUCACCUAUAUAUUUGAAAUUUCUUAUCUCUUCUAGAAAAAUUGUAUCCUUUAACCUCCCCAUUGCUGAGGGACCCAAACACAGUAGCAAAGCCCAUGUUAACUCAGCCAGAGGUAACAGAUGGUGUAUUGAGUGGGUCAUCAAAUCCAUAGACCAUCUAAAUGGAAACUAUAUCUACUUUGAGUUAAGUUACAAGAGUUAGCACAGAAUUGCCCUAAGACCACACCAUCUUCAGGGCAGAAUUGUAAUACACGUCCUCUGUGUCUUUUCUAAAGAGAUUCUUUCUUCAUCCCUGUACUCCUAACAGCACGUUUCAGGGUCCUGCAUGCCACUGCAAGCUACUGAGCUAUAUACACAGUGCUCGAGGUCUCUGAACAUGCUAGUUAGCCCUUUAACCCAUAGUGGAGGUGAACUGUCGAAUGCUAGCAGGCUUUAAGAAAAGAAGUACAGGGAGUUUGUGAGAUUGGAACUUGCUUAGAUUUGCUUCUAAGCCUCAGGAUAGAAGUUUUAAAUCAUGUAAUUAAGCAGCAUAAACUUUGGUUGGAGAAUGAGACUUCUGGUUAAAGCAUUUUCACAUAUAUGGACAUUUAACUUUCAGCAAUUAUAACACGAUAAAAAUGGCAUACAGAUAUGCCAAAUAUAUUCUUUGAUAGAGAAGGUAUUGCCAGAUCCUGCAAUGCUUUGGGGUCAUCAGUGGUGAACCCCAAAUACUGUUCUGUACAAUUCAGAAGUACCAUACCACAUGUUGUAGGUGGAAAGAAUGCCAAUAGACAGAUGUUUUUGGUAGGUAAGGACCAGGAUAAACAGCUGUCUUCUACUUUGACAAGUCAUUUUUCACUGUGGCCACUGUUCUUGGACUUCAUUAUAAGAGGAAUUUUCCGAGAUCUUGAGAAAUCACGUUGAUUAGGCUGAUUGUCUUUCAGGGAAAUUAGUAUUCAGAAACCAGAAAGGACAAUGAGGUAGCUCUUUGGGCGUACGUUGGAAAACCCUCAUAUCUCAGACAUAUAGAGGGAACAUGCUUAUGUCCAUAAGCAUACAUGAACUAUUUUCGUGCCCAUUAAGGAGGGGAGUAAGUGAAAUAGGAGCAAAUCAGAUUUUUCCCGGUGGUGAAUAGCAGCAGUGCCAUGGGUGGUGUGUUUGGCGUGAACAGGCAGAAAGAGCUGCUGACAUACUCAGACCCCCCCCACCCCCACCCUGCACUUUUCCUUCUUUGCAGUCUGGUUCUGUAAUGACUAUCAGUGGAGAACCCGUUUUAUCCUCACUUGGUUGAAAACGAGUUUGAAUAUUUCAUGGUGGUUGACAGAACUGUGUCCGAAAACAUAACACUGAUCCAGAUUUUUUAAAACUUGUUUAAUGUUUAUACCAAAGGUCACGCUCUGCAGGUGUACAUGUGGUGCACAGAGGGUGAGAGCUGGAGGGCCCGGGGCUGUGUGCACGACUGAGGGGUUCCAGUGAGACAAUAUGGGAUUUAACUGAAAACACAUCAAUCAUGAGUCACACUACCAGUGUUGUCAGGUAUUUGUUCUAAUUGUUAUUGUAAUAUAUUUUCAGUUGUUUUGUUUUUCUAAUUUAAUUCUCUCACUCUGUUGUCUGACUGUGAAGUGCUAACAGUGUUAAACUUGAUGUAAAUAAAUGAGGCCCUUGAACGGGACUGCUGUCUGCCUGUUGUCUCACAAGGUUUGCCAACUUGUGUUUUGUUUUAAAUAAAGGUUGCAAUAUUUUAUCGGCAAAGUAGGCUUAAGAUUGGAAUGUUACUCCCAUAAUUUUAAUUGAUAGGGAAUCUAAGCGUAAUUUAUCUCUCUCUGUAUAAAGUGGAUGUCUAGAAGGUAAAGAAGUUGAUUUUAGAAGCAUCUCUGUGGCACAUUCUUUAGAAGGACCUCUGUGGGGUGACUGCUCGUCCUUUGAUGGAUUAUAUUUUUUUGAAGUAGCUGAAAAGCAUCAUCUGGAGCCCAGGUUGGUACAUAAGGUGGGUAGUGUGUGUGUAUAUGUGUGUGUUUAUUCAACGUGAGGUGACUGCAAAAUGAUUCUCUUUUAAAAUCAAUUCUGAGGACAAUUCCAAAUAAGCUCUAAAAAUGUUUUGAGCCAAUGUAGCAUUAAUAGAGUAAGAAUAAAACCUCACAAAGGAAUAUUCUAGUUUGACAUGGCCUUCAGUUUUUUAAAAAAUGAAUCAUUGCUUUUAGAAGUAAUCUUAAUUAGGUAUGAAUAGAAUAUAUAUAACGAGCCCUGGUGGCUCACUGGUUAAGAGCUCGGCUGCUAACCAAAAGGUCAGCAGUUCAAAUCCACCAGCUGCUCCUUGGAAACCCUACUCUGUCCUGUAGGGUCCCUAAGUCAGAACUGACUCGACGGCAGUGGGUUAAGAAUACACAUAAUGGGAUACAUGUGGGCCCAGUUUGAGCAGCUGUUAAAAAUUGGCUUAUACAUCUCCUCACAUUCCACCUUCAAUCCUUUUUUCCUACCCAUUUUUGGUUUAGGAAGUCUUGUUUCUAGAAUCUUCCUAAAAGAAUUCCCCAUUAUUUUCCCCCUCUUUGUAUUAUGUAUAUUUUCCACACCUAUGGCUAUGGUAUUUGUGAGGAAAUCCAUCCUAGAAACCAGUCUUUAAAGCAUGGUGGUCAGGAGCUCAGGAGUUGGAGUCAGACUGCCUGGGUUGAAUCCCCACUCUUCUUAUUUGUGAUGAAAUUGAUGCCUAAGUCAUGGUGUUAAAGAUUACACAAGAUGAUGGCUGUAAAGUGCUCAGCAUAGUGUAUGGCAGAUGGUAAGUUCUCAAAUGUUAGAUAUCUCAAAUUAGUUAGGAACCUUCAGACAACCAGGGUUCCAAGAGCUAGACAUGGAAGAAAAGUCCCAGCCUUGGCUUUGAGUAUGCUGCCAAAGGGGACAGCAGUUUUAUUAGAUUUUUAUUCUUUCUUAAAACACCUAAAGGACCAUUUCCUGCACACUUUCUAAAGAUUACUCAUUUCAUCCUCACAAUCCUAGGUAGGUAUUGUGCCCAUUUUUACCGAAGUGGGAGCUAAGGUUACCCUGAGCAUGAAUAGCUUUCCCGUGGUCUCGCCGUGGUAAGUAGAGGAGCACUGAUUCCAGCCCAGUGUGGCUGCAGAGCAUGCGCUCAGACCCACGAUGGUCUGCUGCCUGUCUUAGUUCCUGAGGUGAGAGAUCAGAUCCUUUAUUUAUGACAUCAGACAUACGUAGGCAGUGAUAAAAGAAUAAUGCUAUCUGUUCUAUAUACCUUGAAGUAUGCAUAUACAGAGUUUAGAGCUGGGUAUGUAACAGGAUCUGGUGGCCUGUGUAUUCUUUCCAAGAUGGUCUAGACUGAGAGCUAUUAGUCCAAACAGGCCCUCAUGUUCUUGUGCAGUUAUUUUUGUCCCAUAAGUGGUAUGAAACUAAACCCGCUGCUGUCGGGUCGAUUCCGGCUCACAGCGACCCUAUAGGACAGCGUAGAACUGCCCCAUAGAGUUUCCAAGGAGCGCCUGGCGGAUUUGAACUGCCAACCUCUUGGUUAACAGCUGUAGCACUUAACCACUAUGCCACCAGGGUUUCCGGUAUGACAUUAAGUUCCUUUAGUUCAUUUAUUUCAAUAUUUAUUGAGUACCAAAUGCAGUUCGGGCUAGGUACUCCCUAAGCUUGGGGCUGUUAUUUGAGUUGAUGAGCAUUACAUGGGGAAGUGACAGCAAUGUUCCAUUUUAUGAAGGCUAAAGGUGAGAGGGUCAGGAGGGUUUUAAAGAAGAGGGACACUUGAAAUGACAAAUACAUGAGGGAAGACGUGUGUGUCAUUCCAGAACUGGGGUAGAGAGGCGGGACCCAGAGAAGGGCAAGAACACUUACUGAGCCCCUCCUACAUUGUGUCUAGGCACAAUGCUAGAGACUUUACACGUUGCCAUUUAAUCCUUAAAGCUGGGAGUACAGGCGUAAAUGUUCAUAUGUAAGAGUAAUAUGCUGUGGGAGCCUCUUUGAAUAAGAGGUUGUUGUAACUCAGCUGAUAAGGUCCCAAAGCAAACUAAAAAUAAAUUGGCAGACCAGUCAGUCACCUUGUCCGUUCCUUGAGUGCCAACAUCCGCCCUUUGUACCUGGCAUUUGAAAUAUUGCUGGGUGAGCAUGGUUACUAGUGUGUCAGUAAGAAAGUAGGCCAAGGGUCUUAGAAAAAUACAAAAUUUUAAUCUUUACAUAUGAAAUAGUUAUGUCUAGGCCCCUAAUUUAAAACUUUUUUUUUUUAAUCUGUAAGCAGAACAAGCCUUAGCUGUGAUUUAAAAAAAAAACAAAAACCCAUAUUCUGUGCACCUUAUCCCCCAGCCUGAAGCCCUUUGCUGACCUUCUGUUCAUAAGCAGAAACCGUUCAGCUUUCCUCUGGGAAUGAGAACUGAAAGCUAACCCACCUGGUCUGCAAACCUAGGGUAAUUCCUAUCCUUGGGUCCAGAGGACUUCAUUUUUCCCUUCUCUGUAAAUGGAAGAGCCUGCACCCUCUGAGACCCAACUCCCAAGUAUAAGCAUCUGCCUGGAAGAAUUGAGAUGCUAAGGAGACCAUCCAUAGAAUCCUAACAGCCCUAGGGAUUUGUCUCUCACAUGCCUUUCUCCAACCACCUGGCCCACUUUUUAGAAUGCGGGUCUUUAAGGCACCAAGUGAUUUUAGGAAUUGGCUCUGGUUCAGAUUUAAGGCCUUCGUUUUCCAUACCACUUACGUGUUAGGGAUGCGCUGGAUGCCAGCCUACUCUUCCCACCCCAUAUAGUCCCUGACAGUGCUCCGACAGGCCCCGGGGUCCUGUUAGUGGAAGGAAGCCAGCUUCAGGAAGUAUUCACGUAGGCCUCAAGGCAGGAAGUAGUUAAUUCUCUGGGAAAUAGAUUUGCACCCCUGAGAAGAGAAGAGCUGUUCCUCCUUGGGGACAUAUGUCAUCAUCUUGGCAAUUUCAUCCAGUGCCUCUUCUGUAUACAGGAGUUCCUGGCUCAGGAAAGCAUCACGUGCACACAGCCUCACGUGACGGUAUUCCAGUGGCAGGAAGGGGACGAAGAAGUCAAUCAGGUUCUCUUUCAAGAGACGGCUGUGGCCAAAGCCACUGUCUGAAAUCAAGAGCCAAAGUUACAUGCAGUCUGACCUUGAGUGCUGAACCCACCUGAGUGUUAAGGUGCCCUAAGGCCAGGGCAAGGUUUGAUCUCAUAUGCCAACUCCAGUAGAGCUGUCUGAGGUGUGUCAAGAAGAACUAUGUCUCCUCUGAGGGAAGGCAUGCCCUGAUAACUAUGAAUGUACACCACAGGUGAAGCAGGGAGGAUGGUGGCAUGAUUGCCAGGUUUAAGGUUUGGGUUGAUGGUAACAAAAGGUGGAGUGAUCCUACCUCUGACCGGAGGCUAGAGAAGUGAGGGUCUCAAUGUGAGACUUCUCUUAACAGGCUUUAGAUUCCACUGCCUGUAUUUCUAGGGCCAAUGCAAUGUACUCUCUUUAGAAGCAUUUUCAGAAAAGGAGUUCAGGCCUUCUUGGAAAAGCCAAGCCUGGGCAACAGAGUUUGUGCCUACCCAAAGCUGACAAUGUGAGAUAUGGUAUGUCCUUUGUGGUCAUACCAUAUCAUAAACACACAUUCUAACACAUACACUUUACCAUAUUUUUACACAAAUAACAUCUGCCUUCCGUGUUUGCUUGCUGGCUACGCCCUCCCCCUCGAAGUAUUUUCAUAAGCUCACUAUGCUAAUUUUUUUUUUUACAGCAGCAUGUCAAAGAGGAUUGGCAAGGCAGCGCUUGUGAAUGUGCCUUGAUGAGGAGGGCAUGGCCAGCAAACAAACAUAGAAGGCAUCCAUUAUUUGCAUAAAAAUACAGUACUCCCACUAUGGCUUUCCACAGAGCUUUAGUUUCUGCCUGGCUGGGAAUUUGGUACCUGUGGACUCCACAAUCUCAGCCUGGAGGUGUGGCUCCAAGUGUUCCAUCGUAAUUUCUUCCCGGGACCAUCCAGCCUUAAGCAAAUUCAGGACCACCUCAUUGAUGAUAUUGCCCCCAAGGUUACUGA